AUGGCUUCCAUUACUUCUCCAUGCACUCCCACUGGCACUACCCCAAAGUCUUUGUCCUCUUCCGCCAACUUGUCAUCAACUCCCCUCUCCAAACCCUCCCAACUUCUCAUCAGCUCCAAGCGCAACCGCCACUUCAAGAUCUCAUGCAACGCCGCCGCCGGCGACGGCGCCGACUCCAAGUUUGACCGGCGAGAUGUCCUCCUCGGCUUGGGCGGCCUCUACGGCGCCGCUAGCCUCGCGUCCAACCCCUUGGCCUCGGCCGCGCCCAUCCAAGCCCCGGAGAUCUCCAAAUGUGUCGUCCCGCCCGCCGACCUCCCGCCGGGUGCCGUGGUGGAUAACUGUUGCCCGCCCGUGGCGUCCAACAUUGUUGACUACAAGCUCCCGGCUGUGACCACCAUGAAAGUCCGCCCUGCCGCUCACACCAUGGACAAAGACGCCAUCGCCAAGUUCGCGAAGGCCGUCGAGCUCAUGAAGGCUUUGCCGGCCGACGAUCCCCGGAACUUUUACCAGCAAGCGCUUGUCCAUUGCGCGUACUGCAACGGCGGCUACGACCAAGUCAACUUCCCUGACCAGGAAAUCCAGGUCCACAACUCUUGGCUCUUCUUCCCUUUCCACCGAUGGUACCUCUACUUCUACGAGAGAAUCUUGGGCAAAUUGAUCGGCGACCCCUCGUUCGGUCUGCCGUUCUGGAACUGGGAUAACCCCGGCGGAAUGGUGCUUCCUGAUUUUCUCAACGACUCCACCUCUUCUCUCUACGACAGUAACCGUAACCAAUCUCACCUCCCACCUGUCGUCGUCGACCUUGGCUACAAUGGGGCGGAUACCGAUGUGCCCGACUCGCAAAAAAUCUCCGAUAACCUUGCUUUGAUGUACAAGCAAAUGGUCACCAAUGCCGGAACCGCGGAGCUUUUCCUCGGAAAAGCUUACCGUGCCGGAGACGCUCCCAGCCCUGGUGCAGGCUCCAUCGAGACCAGCCCUCACAUUCCAAUCCAUAGGUGGGUGGGUGACCCGAGAAACACCAACAAUGAAGACAUGGGCAACUUCUACUCGGCCGGAAGGGACAUAGCCUUCUACUGCCACCACUCCAAUGUUGACCGUAUGUGGACCAUAUGGCAGCAGCUCGCCGGAAAACCAAGAAAGCGAGACUACACCGAUUCCGACUGGUUAAACUCCACCUUCCUCUUCUACGACGAGAACGGCCAGGCAGUGAAGGUCCGGAUCGGAGACUCCCUAGACAACCAGAAAAUGGGGUACAAGUACGCCAAAACCCCCCUCCCAUGGCUCGACUCCAAGCCAGUCCCCACCAAGAAGAAGGGCGGCUACGCCUCCAAGUCCAAGGCCCCCUUCGUCGCCAGCGUCUUCCCCGUCACGCUCGACAAGGUCGUCCAAGUCAAGGUCGCUCGGCCCAAGAAGUCCAGGUCGGCAGAGGAGAAGGAGGCGGAAGAAGAAAUCUUGCUUAUAGAAGGCAUUGAAGUGGAAAUUGACAAGUACGCCAAGUUCGACGUUUACCUGAACGACUCGGACGACCCGAGCGGCGGCAAAGACAAGGCGGAGUACGCCGGGAGCUUUGCGCAUCUCCCCCACAAGCACAAGGGGAUGAAGAAGAUCAGGACCACUCUCAGCCUGGGUCUGAAUGAGCCGCUCGAGGAUUUGGGCGCCGAGGACGACGACACUAUUCUGGUGACUUUGGCUCCAAAAGUUGGCGGCGGCGUUGUCUCCGUCGACAACAUCAAGGUCGUCUACGGCUCUUAGAAUCACAUCCCGCCGCCGCCGUAAUCUGUCGAAAUAAAGUAAUUCCGGUCAAUCGUCAUGGAUUGUUUGUACUGUUAGGCUCCCCUCCGAAUAAGACUUUUCUCACAAAUUCAUUUGUGAUGAAUAAUAUGUGGAGGUGCUUUUAAGCACCAUUUAUCAUGUAAUUUAUUGUGAAUUUCUUAUGAUAUUUUGGGUGUACGUACUUUCGAAUCAACGGUGGCAAUGGAACAUCUAUUUUUAGCUUUAA